AUGAAUACACCGACUUCAGUCUCUCCGAGUAAUAACAAUAUCAAACGACUUCCAACAAAUCAACAUUUUCUCGCAACAACUUCAGCCGAUUUGAAUGUUGUGAGUAGUACUACUCGGAAUGAUUGUUCCUCGCCACAAUCUCACACGUCGCCCAUUAUCAGUGAUGUUUGUAUGAGCAGUCAAAAUAGUGUUCGAAAUCCAUCGACCAUGAUGAAAUUCAAAGAUGUUGAUUCGUCUAAUGGUAACCAUUUCAAUGAAAAAUACGCGUUCGCUCUAGACUUUUCAUCACCGGUGUCUAAAACAAAAUCCGAACAUAAUCGAACUUCGCAAAAUUACACAUUCGAAAUGUCAACUAACGACGAGCAAGAUCUUCACUCUCCUUUUGAAUUAGAUGUUCCAAUUUGUGAAAAUCAGCCGAUGAAGAAAAUUCAGAAUGAUUUUCUUAUCGAUCGAAUGUUAAAAGAUGAAACAAACUCGAAUUAUUCAUCUCAACAUCGAUCGAUCAAUCAAUCAUCGUACACAAAUGUUCUCAAUCAUUCAUCUCCACUUGUGACACCUUCCUCUGAUCAUCACGAUAUUGAUGCAUUAAGUGAUGCAGGUACUUACAUUAUUGAAGAUGAUCUAGAUAUUGCACAUGAUGACGAACCUGAGCAAGAUGUUGAAGAAGAAGAAGAACGACAACAACAACAACACAAUGACACUCAAGAAUCGAUUUCUUCACCAUUGUCGACUUCAUCACCGUUUAAACGAUACGCAACCACUAAACGAAAUCGCCAUGGCACAUUUGAUAUUCAUGGAAUAUCAUCAUCAUCGACAGCAACAUCUACACAUGCGGUUACUCGUCCUAUUGUUGAUUUAAAUAUUCCAACACAUGAUUUAUCCUCACCAUCGUCAUCGUCAUCAGCUAAUCUGUCGUCAUCGUCCUCGUUACUUUCACUACCCACAGAAAGUGAAAAUAGUAUACGAAAAGAACGUGAAGAUGGUUCACAUCAGAUCAAUGGUACUAAGUCUUCCAGUGGACUAGCUUAUGUCAGACAGAGACCAAAUACUCUUCUAUCACAACGUCCUAUCACUCCUCCACAAAAUCAGAUCAAACCAGCCGAAUGUUUCGUUAUUUCACCAACGUUGGACACGAAACCUUUUCCAAACAAUAUUGGCAAUGGUUCACGACGAAAACUCGAUGCUCAAUGGAAAACAAAAUUAUCAUCUUCGGCUAUGCCAACAAAAGACACGAAUGUCGAGAUUUUAACGAAGAAAUCACCUCCAUCACCACAACUAUCAACUCAUUCAAAUCAAAGUGACACCGAUCGAUACUCAUUUCGUCUUCGACAACAGCCACGCAAUCCAGAUACGAAACCGCAGCCAUCGCGUUAUCUCGAAACGAAAACGCAACAACCAUCAGUACCUACAACAAAUGCGAAACCUUCCCAUCAAAAUGCCGAAUAUACAUCAUCUAAGUCAACUCUUCGACCACAUUCAUCUACUAAUGACCAAUCGUACUCAUCACCAUUUCAAAGGAAUGCCACUAUCCGUCAAACAAUGCCAGCAAGUACACAAUACAAUCGACCAAUGUCUUCAUCGGUAACUAAUAAAUAUCUCGAUGAUCACGAAGAAGUUUCAUCAACGCAUCCCAGUUUAACGAAAGUUUAUAUGAAUAAAUCAUUUGCAUUGCGUCGACAACGCUCAAAUCUUGUUCCAUCAACAGCAACAAUCACAGCUAAACCUGCACAACAACAACAACAGCAGCAACAACCACAACCAUCUUCACAACAGUCACUCGUAUCUCGAACAUUACCAUCACGUCAAUUACUGAAGUCAACACCUUCCGUACCGUCAACCAACAAUUCUGGUGGACAAACGAAUCGCGCUGUUGAGUUACGUCGUGCACGUGCACAAGCUAAAAUCGAGGAGUUAGCACAACGUACAAGACAUCAAUUACAAAAAAGUGAACAACACAAUGACCUUAUGAGCGCAUCAUGGCAUAGUAAUGCCAGUAGUAUAAGUAAAAAAGAUCUUUUUGGUCUUCGUGCCAAUCCACGUUCGACUAAUAACAAUCAUCUGUCUGCACAAAAGCAAGAUUUGUCCAAAACCAGAACUAUAUCAUCAUCAUCACAUCAUCGCUCAUCAUCAGCCAGUCCGAAUCCUCUCGGAGAAACGAUGACAUCAUCGAUGCCUACGAAACCUUCAAAAUAUCGAAAAGGAAUGACAUCAAGUGUGACUGAUGAAACACAAUAUCAACGAAUGCACGGAAGUACUUUCAGUGAAGGAGAUCGUUGUGAGUCAUUACGUGAUGACGGACAAAGACUGGCAAUAAAAUUAAUUCAACUUUCAUCAGGAAUUUUAGCCAAACUGAAACCGCAUAACAUCACCGAUGACAAUGAUUCGAAUGUUCGCGAAUUAGAACAACUCGUUGAUCAACUCCAAACAGUUAAUCGAACAUUGACCACGAUCGAUGCUUCAUUAAGUGGUCCAAUCAGUGAUGAAUCUUUAAUUUAA